AUUGGAAAAUUCUUAUUGUUUAUAUGGCGCUUAUUUUUUGAUGAAAAAUUAUCCGUAAUAUUGACUAAACUUGAAAAAGUUCACGAAAAAUUGAUUCACUCAAAUAUGGUUGGAGCGAUGAAAAUAAAAAUGAAUUGGUUUUUCAUUAUUACAAUCACUGUUAAAGUUAUAGCAAAUAUUAUAACUCCAUUAUUGUGGAAUAAAAUUAAUAACAGAAAAAUAAGAAUUAUAGAUACGGUCUCAACUAUAGUUUUGAAUGUUUGCCAAUGUGGAUCAUUUUAUGAAUACGUACUACUAAUAUUAUACAUACAGUGGAUGGUGUACACGAUAAAUGAAAACAUUUUGGAAAGGAAAUCAUGUUUAAGUACAUUCAGAGAUAUGCAUUUGGAAGUUUUAGAAUGCUUAAACCAUGUAAAUAAAUCAAUUUAUGGUUUUCCAGUCGUUGUUGUAUUUAUUUCAGGAAAUAUUGGUGAAAUAAUUAAAACGAUAUACAGUCAUCUGUUAUUUCCCAGGGACUAUAUUAUUAACGAUCUUUAUUAUUUUAUAUUUCUUAUGAUAGGAUUAUUAAUAAGAAUAGCCAAUGUUCUAAUGUUAUACGGAAUUGGUCACUUCACGGAACAUGAGGUUAACCGGACGAGUUUUGUCUUAAAUCAACGGUCCUUGAUAGAAAGAAACCCUAUAGUAAAACGUCAGAUCAAGUUUUUUAUACUACGGAGAUUGCACGAAUACUACCGUUUUGAGCUGUAUGGAAUAUGUCAAAUUAAUCUAAGACAACUACUUAUCUUAGUUAAUAACACACUUGCUUACUUAAUAAUUCAAAUUCUGUUCAAAUUAAAUAAAAAAAUAAACAAAGAUAUUCUGCAAUGA